AUGUUCGAAUCCCCGUAUCCUCCCUGCGAUCCUCGAGAUAAGAGCAGGCGAGUACGGAUCCAAAUUUUCAGUGUGCAUCACCUCUCACACACAGCUACGCCACUCAGCUUCGCGGACUCGGCAAGUUACACUACAGUGGUCGAACGAUGGCCGGUUAUCAUCACCGACCUGAUUAGCCAUGUUCACAAUCAGGUCCAUAACCUGACAAUGGUCGCUAACAAUGGGUCGACCGACCGUACUAUCCAGUUAAAGAUCGAAGAAGGAAAAAAGAUCAUUGCGAAAGCUAACCACCUCAAGUAUCGCAUGGGGAGAGAUCAGGAACUCGAAAAGAUCCCGGAGGACGGGGAGAUUUACGUUCACGAAUACAACUCAGAAUUAGAAAAGCUCGCUCAGAUCGGCAAGAAUACGUGGUUUACUGCCCCCUGGCUCUACGCAGAAUACCGCCUAUUCCGGUCUUAUUUCAAGCAGACCACUUACUGGGUGGACUUUGAUCCAUUCGACUCAAAGAAGGAAGAAACGUUUCGAAGUAGUGUAACUGCCAUACAUCAGAUUGCAACGACGAUGCACGAGUUGGAGACAGAGAAAGAUAAGCUCAUAGAUGAUCCCGAUAAGCUCUCCGUACUCUUCAAAGAGAUGGUCCAGAUGUGCCUUUGGUACGACCUUUCUCUAUUGACACACCUCACUCCCUCUGAUAUCGAACACCUACAGACGGUUGGGAGGGAGGCCCAGCAAGCCAGAAAAGGAAUUCAUCCUCAAAGACGAUCAAGAAUGCAGCCUGGGAUUCUUUUUACUGACUUGGUGUUCGCCGACUUUCUGGUCACUUACACCCCCUAUUUCUCUAAAGCUGUCUUUCACCCGAAGUUGAUCCCGUGGUUUGUUUCUGACGUCACACCAACCGACUUCCGCAAAGCUAUAGAGUCGCUAUCGUUACCCACAUUUUUCGAUACAACUUUGGGGAACACGCCGGAGUCAGCUCAUCAUCUCAGCGAAAUGGUAAAACGGUGGCAAAGGUAUUUGGAACAGGGCAUAUUUUGCCUAAGUACGGAAGCUCAGUUUUGGACCGGUCCCUGGCCGUAUUGGUACAUGGAAGACAAGGCGAAUGACUUGUGGCGUUUACUCACCGAAAGCAGAUUUCAUCCAAAUGUGGCGUAUUGCAGAUUGACAGGGGAUGUCGAAUGGCCGGUAACGACGCCUUUUGCUACGGCUCUUGGGCCACUUGCAGGAUCGUUCCCCCUACUGAGUCUUCGCACGAACAAGGCGGACGUCGUAGUCGGCAUAUCACAUGACAUCGCCGACAAAUUGGACGAAAAGGACAAAGGAUGGAGAGUGAAUGGAAAGUAUGCCCUCGUGAGUUUCCUGCCGAAGAAGCGGUGA